AUGAUGGCCAGAUCGUACUUUGUGGUAGUGGCGCUACUGUUGCUGGCAGAGGUCUCUGGAUUCGAAGAAGGGGCAUCUAAUCCUGGGUUCGUGGCCAGAAUCACCAGGAAAGGCCUGGAAUAUGCCCGCCGAUUCGGAGUAGCCAUCCUGAAGAAGGAGCUGUCUAUGAUCAAAUUGCCUGAUUUCUCCGGAAGCUUCAAAGUCGGCUGGAUCAAAAGCGUGGCCUAUGACUUUUACAGACUGAAGAUCCAUCACUUUGAGCUCAGGAACUCGGAUCUGAGGCUACGCCCAAGGCAGGGGGUCAGAGCUUCCCUGUCCAAUAACUACGUGUUUAUCAGUGGGAACUGGAAGGUGAAAAAGGCUUUCGUCACCCUAGAUGGGACUUUCGAUGUGAGUGUGGAUGACAUUUCCAUCUCAGUUUCUCUGAACUUGGGCAAGGACCCGUCCGGACGGCCCACUGCCUCCGUGGCCCACUGCCGCAACUCCAUCGGCCACAUGAGUGUUGACAUUUCCGGACAACUAAGCUGGAUCCUGAACCUCUUCCAUGAAAGAAUUGAAAACAAUUUCAAAAAUAUCUUGGAACAAAAGAUCUGCGAAAUGGUCAGGAAGUCAACCACCUCCUACCUGGAGCCCUAUCUCCGGACUCUACCAGUUAUCCUUAUGAUUGACCAGAUUGCUGGCAUUGACUACAGUUUAGUAGGUGCUCCCCAAGUGAAUUCUCAAGUCCUAGACACACCCUUCAAGGGUAAAUUCUUUGGCCAAAACUGGCACUCCCCAGCCCUCUUCGAUGCUCCGUCCAUCAGGCUGCCGAAGAAACAUGACCACAUGGUCUACUUUGCUAUCUCUGAAUAUGUCCUCAACACAGCCAGCUGGGUUUACCACCAAGCUGGACGCAUGAACUUCACCAUCCAAAACCGUCAUAUUCCCCCGGACUCUCCGAUCCGCCUGCACACCAGCUCAUUCCGGGCCAUUGCUCCUCGGCUGUCCAGGAUGUACCCCAAUAUGGAGCUAGAGCUUGAGACAACACCUGAAUCAGCUCCAUUCCUGACGUUCACCCCUGGGAAUGUGACCCUCAUGCCGGUGAUAGACAUCCAGGCCUUUGUUCUCCUGCCUACCUCCUCCGACCGCAAGCUACUCUUCCGGCUCAGGGUGACAACCAACAUCUCCGCCACCAUCAGUGCGAACUCUGACAGGAUUGUUGGUUCAGUGACCACAGGAAGUAAGCUGAAAUUGGAACUGAAACAUUCCAACGUCCGUUUCAUCAACGUGGAGCUGAUGGAAGCCAUCCUCAAUUACUACGCGCUCCACACCAUGUACCCCUCUCUCAACGCAAAGCUUGAGAAGGGCUUCCCUCUCCCUCUGCCGAGGGACACCCACCUCAACAGUUUGGAGCUCCAAGUCCACGAGAACUUCUUGCUCUUGGGGGCCAACCUUGAUUAG